UUUCUAAUUAGUUGGCUCGCUAAGCAAGCUCUUAAUCUCCAUACCAUUUCCAUGGCUUCCAUUGCCUCCCCAGCUCUGUUCACCACCCUCCCUCCGACUCUCAACCUCAAAUGCACCGCCGCUUCAAGCAGACAACUCCACCACUUCCGGGCCACCGCCGGUGGUGGGCUAAGACUUGUGCCCAGGAUUGAGGUCACAAAGGCUGUGGAUCAAAUGAGAAGCCGCCGCCGCCGUUGCUUUAAGAGCACUGUUUCUUGCUCCAUCGCGCAGCCUGAAACUCUGCAGAUUGUGCAGGGCACAAUCGCCAAGCAACUCUCCAUUGAUGAAAGCACCGUCGCCCCCCAAACCAAGUUUGCCGAUCUGGGUGCCGAUUCUCUUGACACUGUUGAGAUUAUGAUGGCAUUGGAAGAGAAGUUUGGGGUGUCAAUUGGAGAAGAGGGAGCAGAGAAUAUAUCCACAGUUCAAGAAGCUGCUGACCUGAUAGAGAAAGUGAAGGCGGCUGCUGCUGCUGCCUAGCUAAUUAGAUCAUCACCAGUUCUUCAUCAUCAAUUACACACAAUGUAGCUAGCUGCCCUCUCAAUAACACAACUCAGUCAUCAACAUCAUUUACAAGUUGGGAUGAUGAUUAAGCCAAUUAAUCACCUUAGCUUGUCAUUUUGAUUUUUUUUUUCUGGGGUAUUGUUUUAUUAUUCAAACCACAAAUUUAAACCAUGUAUGAUGAAACCCACCUGCUUGGUUUCAAGUUUUCCUUUGAUUAAUG